GGCUCCCCCUGGCCGCCUCCGGUGAGCGGUGCUCGGCUGAGAUGACGGACGUCGCUCGGUGUCCGUGUUGUUGUUGUCGCGUGAGCGCGGAAGACUGAGGCGGGGAUCGACCCCGUCUCCUGCCGGGAGAGAAACGGUGAAGAGCGAUCGAGCCUCGACUAUGUUCCAGCCUCUGCCGCUGGUAGCAGAACGAGGGAUGGACGCUGACCGAGCCGAUGGAGGAGGGCGCCCCCCCGAGGUGGAGGAUGAGUUUGCGUGUGCAGGGAUGCUGCGGGGGUCUCUCACCUCGCUGCACCGCACCGUGGAGCGGAUCUUCACCGUGACCUUUGGGAUCGGGGCGGACGACUUGCCCCAUGGCAACAACGGGCAGAUUUGGCUCAAACUCCGAGGGCCGAGUCACAACGUGAAAGCUGCCAAAUUAUUCGUGAAAGGAGUCGUGAACCAGGAGGAGCAGCAGGAGGUGUCCUACCCCGGGGUCCUUCACUGCGUCUUCUGUGGAGCCAGAGGGCUGUUCAUGGACUGCCUGAUAAAAAGCACCUCUGCACACAUUCUGGUCGGUGCUCCAGGGUUCCUGCUGAUAUCCGGUCUGGCAGAGCCGGUGGUGCGAGCGUACUCCCUCAUCAUGGACCUGGUGGAUCGAUACGAGGGGACACAGUCCAGACGCUGUGAGACGGAGGACAGAGGCUCGGACGAGUCCCUGGAUUCACGCCGGGCCUUCAAAGCUGUGGUUGAGCAGUGGGAGGACCGGCACAUCCUGGACCUUCUGGUGCUUCCAGGCUCGGUGAAGGAAAUCCUGCUGGAUCUGGUGAAAGAGUCCGGGCUCGGAUCACGCAGGGACUUGUCGGGGACAGGUGGAAACGAGAAUGGAAGGGACAGACACUCGGACACUACAUACGCACUCCUCGAGCCGACCAGCGCUCCUGAGCGGUCGGUCGAAGGGAUGAGUGCAGCUUCGGGAAAAGACUCCUCAUCUGCCGGCGCCCGGGGAAGAGCAGAGGGUUCUGAGGAAAGACCACAGCUUUCUCCACAGGAGGUCGGAGAAGAGGAGCAGCCGGAGCAGAGGGACACGUCAGGGACCAAAGAGAGAGAAGGUCUGGGGGAGGAGGACCAACUGGAGCGACAGUUGUCACUGGGAAACAAAGAGUUUAUGCUUCUUCUGAAGUUCUUCACAGCCAUGGGCUACACGGAGGACGUCGUGAAACGGGUGAUCGCCAGAACCGGAUUGAAGGAGGCCUCGCAGAUACUGGAUCUGGUGCAACAGGAGCAGGAUCGCAGUGACCAGGAGCAGAGGCCUCAAGGUGUCCCGGACCCAACACAUAAAGAUGGUGUUACCCUGGAUAAGAGCGAGAGGAACCGACCCUGCGAGACAGAGCACAGGGAGGAGGAGGAAACGGCAGCAGGGCUGGAUCCGGUGAUGAGCAGCACUGGAGAAGCGAGUGGGGCGACAGGAGGCACCACCCACUGUGAGGGACAUGGUUCAGAGGACAAGGAGGAAGGACACGAGGAAGACUUUGUCCUCGGAGUGUUGAAGAAAGCUGCAGCCAGCUGUGGGUACACCGAGCAGAACGUGGCUAGAUUCUACAACAUGUUGCCCGAUCGAUCCACCCACCAGCUCCUCGUGGAGCUGCAGCGGGAGGGAGUCCGGGGGACGGAGGCCUCCAGCCAGGGUCCCAGGGAGAUGGAUGAUGUGGUGCUGGAGAAGGAGGAGGAGGAUGAAGGCUCUGAUGAUGAAGGACGGGUGGAAGUGCAAAUCCCAAAUCUGCGUGUUGCAGAACCAGAUUUGUUCCCUUGGAUCAACAAACCGAGUCCACACGCCUCACAGCCGAAGCAGCACCAGCCUCCAGAGUCACAAGCUCGACUCCCAGUCGUCCUGCCGGAGGUCAAAGGCCCCCCCAUGCCCACUUAUCCCUCAUCUCUCGAUCCUCCACCCGCCAAUCUACAAACCAACAAACUGUUUGAUGAACCCAUCUACUGGUCCCCUCCAGCCCCCCCGAAACCAGAUCACUCAGCCCACGACAAAGUCUCACACCCGAAGCCCAAGUCCUCCGUCUCUGUAAAACAAGCCUCUCAAGCCCCCCAGCCCCCCCUCUUCACCAGGACGCACAAGUCUCCACCCAGAGCCAAGGAGAGGCGGGGCUUCACGCCGGCUUCCUCCGUGGUGGUGACGGGCGAGCAGCGGUUUCUAGAGGGACUGCAGACCACGUUCGAUCUCCAGCUCACAGACCAGCCCGGAGACGCCAAGCUGAGGACGGUGGUCAUCGACGGGAGCAACGUGGCAAUGAGUCACGGGCUCAGUCACUUCUUCUCCUGUCGAGGAAUCGCUCUGGCUGUGCAGCACUUCUGGGACCGAGGCCACCGGCACAUCAGCGCCCUGCUGCCUCAGUGGAGACAGAAGAGCGACCCCAGGAUCAAAGAGCAGCACUAUCUGACGGAGCUGCAGAAGCUGGGCCUGCUCAGCUACACCCCCUCCCGAGAGGUGCAGGGCAAGAGGAUCACCUCGUACGACGACAGACUCAUGCUGCAACUCGCUCAGAAGACGGACGGAGUCAUCGUGACCAACGACAACCUGAGGGACCUCUCUGACGAGACGCCCGUGUGGAGGGACAUCAUCAAGAAGAGACUUCUUCAGUACACGUUUGUGGGCGAUCACUUCAUGGUGCCGGACGACCCCAUGGGGAGAGGAGGGCCCCACCUGGACCACUUUCUGCGCUCAGAGCACAGGACUCCCGACCCAGGAAACCACUCUUUUGCUGGCGUAGCGUCCAAUUUCCCUCCGACCAAACCCCCCCGAUCCCAAACAGAGCUGCUGAACUUCCGCGACCGAACGCCGGGCGGCGGCGUGAAUCCGGCGAGCAGGGGGGGCCGGGGGAAAGGGAAGUGGCCCGGCAGGGGGAAGGACAUGGGGCCCCAGCACAAGCAGCUCGGGGCUGCGGGUCCUGGGCUGAUGCUCCAGGCCCACAGGAGUCCCGAGGACACGGCCGACCUGAGGGAGCAGCUCGGUCAUGUGUUCCCGGCUCAGGACAACGUGGUGACGCUGGUGCUGCAGCUGCACCCGGCAGAGACGGACAUCAACAUGCUCUCGGAUCUGAUCCUGGAGCAGCAGGACUAGAAAUCCCUCCUGCUUUUUUGGCGUGAACUCCAGAACUUGUCCUGUUUUGUGUCCUCCACGUACAAAGGAGCUCAUUAGUUUGAGUGUUAAUGUCGAGGUUUCUUAACCUGAGUUUCCAUUUUUCCCAUAAGUUUGGUUUUACUUUGUUAUUAGCACAGACUCUGCUUUUAAAUGACUCGAUCAGAGCAAGAGAUGAAAUCUUUUUCUUCAUCUUUGCACAGUGGGAGGAGGCGGAGACACGUCGUCCAUCUUUAUUUUAAAGUCCACAGCUUCUAUUUAAUGUCGUGAGCGAUGUGUAAUGACACCAGCCGUCAUCCUCAGGGUUGUCGUGACCGAUGUGAGGUCACCGGUGUCCCCGCCUCCUCCGUCUUCUCUGUUAUUAACUUCAGCACUUUCUGUUUUGUUUGUCGAGUUUGAGAAAAUAAUCCAGUGAGACUCGUCUUAACUUCUUAACAGAUGCUUUUUAUAUUCCAAAAAUUAUUUGUUGUACUGAAUUUAUUCUUCUAUUUUUAAUCCUUUCUAUGUAAAAACGUUUUGUCAGAGCAUCGGGUGUGAGAUGAGGGGGAAAUACUAAACCAGCGAUUAUGACAUCACUUUUAUAUCCUAAUUUAUUUUACAGCAGGUCCAAUGAACAGAGGAUGAAUACGAUGUUUUCACUGUGGAAGAGACGGGACUCGUUCUUUUAUGUAGAAGAAAACAUCGGGUUUGAUUUAAACGUUGAUUUUCUGACUGUUCAAAAUAAAUAAAAUUGUAUAUUUUA